GCCCGCUUUCCCAUCAUGCGCCCAAGCACCUCCUUGGAUGCCGGUGGUCAUGCAGUCGCAGUGUGCCACCGUACAAAAGACAAGCCUGAGAGCAGGCAUGCCUUGAGAUCGUCACGGUCACCAUGACGGUCGACAAGCCACUUGACAUUGUCACCGAUUGGUUCAGCCGCUUUGUGGCGAUCUGGAAGGACAGUGAUGUCACAGACGUGUUCCUUGACGAUGCCGGCUGGCGCGAGCACCUCGUCUUUGACUGGGACUAUCGCUGCCUGGAGGGUGUGGAGCGUAUCCGCAGCUACCUGCGAGACGACACUGUCGACGGUCAGCCGCGCAUGAUGGCCGCCGUGCCCCAUGGUGACUCGCUCGAGGUGUCAAUGGGCCCAGGCAAUGCGCCCCAUGUCUUUGCAGCUGGUAGCGGGACGUCAUCGGCGCCCAGCCAUCGCUUCGCAUCGAAGCUCGGCCUCUCACUGCCUGCGCCCGCCAUGGCCGAUGCGCCCUUUACGACGACGCCCGAGGUGACGGCCCACUUUCGCUUCCUGGUCGGCCGCGAGGGCGAGCUGAGCUGCGGCACCGUCCUCGCCAUCGUCCGCCUCCAGCAGGUCGAGGGCGCGGGGUUCUGGCGCGCAAAGACGUUCUUCACCACGUGGGACCCUCACGCCAUGUCGGGCAAGCUCGCUCUUGACUGUCCCUUUGUCUUGGCCGAGGCUUCCGAGCAGGAGAGGCGCGAAUGGGUGGCGCUGUGCGAGACGAAGCCAGAAGUGGUCAUCGUCGGCGGAGGCCACUCUGGCCUGACGCUUGCGGUGGCCCUGACGGAGCGCAAGAUCACCAACCUCGUCAUCGAGGCGGCGCCCUCAGUCGGCUGGAUCUGGGCUGCGCGCUACCCCGGGCUUCACUUCCAUGGCCCACGCUGGUGCCACUCGCUGCUCAACCACGAAUUUGCAAAGGGCGACAUGGAGGAGUGGGUCACAAAGGAGACGUUUGCCAGGAAGCUCGAGGAGUACAAGGACUCGUUUGGCAUCGUCGUCCGCACCAACACCCGUCUCAUCGAGGGUGGCGCCCUGUGGAUGCCGGACCAGGGCAGCUGGCGCCUGCAUCUCGAGGGCAGCAAGGACGGGCGUGCCACGACUAUGAAUGCGGCCCACGUCGCCUUCUGCGUCGGCCCUCUCAACACCCUCAAGCCUCGGAUGCCCCACUUUGUCCAGUCAUCUGCGCACCCGUUCAAGGGCCACAUUCUCAACACCGAAACGUUUGCGAAAGCGAUGCAGCCACAGCUCUACGACCUCGACGAUGCGCCUCUCGACGUCGAGGGCAAGCGCUUCGUCGUCGUGGGUCACGCCUCGUCGGGUGCCGAUAUAGCCUCGUACCUGACAAACAACGGGGCCUCGGUGACGGUCAUGGCGCGAAAACCUCAACUGGUGCAGUCCUACGACUUUAUCUCGAUGCUCAUGAGCAAGAUCUAUCCCGAGGGCACAGGCAGGGCGCUCCCUGACUGCGACGUUACUUUUCGCGCCACGCCGUACAAGUACAUGCUUGGACUUGAGCCCAAGCGAGUUGAGUUCAUGGACAAGGUCGUCGACAAGGACCUGCAUGACGCCCUGCGUGCAAAGGGCGUGCCUGUCUGGUUCGGCGAGAACGACGGUGGCUUCUCGGCCGAGGCCAGAAAGCAUGGUGGCACCCACCUCUUCGACCCAGGCCUGAAGGACCCCGUCUUCAAGGGACUCGCCUACCACGUCGUCCACGGCAAUCUCGACUACCGAAGUGGUGUCACUGUCCGCGAGCUGCGCGACAACCACGUCGUGAUGUCCAACGGCGACGAGAUAGAAGCGGACGCCGUCAUCUUUUCGAUUGGCUACGAGCUUGGUGGGCCAAAUGUCCACCGCUUUCUUCGCCGUGCGGAUGGAUCUCACAUGGCAGACAACGACCAGAUCCUUCACUCAUUUCCUGUGAACGAAGAGGGCGAAUUCACAGGGAUCUUCAGGCCGAUUGAUCUCCAGGAGGACGGUGGCCCAAACUCGCGGCUCUGGCUCGCCUCGAUGGGCGUUCCCCACUCUCGCUCUUACCUGCCCCUACUUGCCAUGCAGAUCCAACGCGCCUCUCUCUUGUCGGCGCAGCCUGUAGCUUAGUGCCUCUCGGAAAGACUUUUCUUUGAAUCAAUAUUUGCUUGUCCCGC